UCACAGACCAGACGUCUUCGGCCUUCACGGGUCGAAGGCUCGGGUUGUAGUGCUUUGCUUUUGUAGUUUGUGUGGUCAGAUCUAUCUAGUGAACCUGUCAGUCUGCCGCCCUCCCGGUGAGAGAAGCGAAGCCGCCCAACGUGGUCACCAGAGCCUCAACGCCAUCGCAACCAACGACACACGAGAGCUCUGUAUCCCCUUCACUGCGCCCAGCCUCUCCGCCCGCUCCCUGCGCUGCCUGGCGUGACCCAGAUGCCUGUCUCGUAGCGACCGCAGCGCAGAGACGACGGCCACUAUGACAAUGGCGACAUCAGCUGCGGAUCAGCGCACCCCGCUGGAGGCGAGCAGCCUCUUCGCUUUCCCGCCCGAGGACUCGUUCUCCGCGACGUUUCGAAGGCAGCCGUUUAACAAGACCGUCUCCCCGCCGGUUGUCGACACCGACCGGCCGCCGGCGUAUGACGAUGAGGACUAUGUCAAGGCAGAGGUGCCCGUGAGACUGCCGCGAGCGGCCGAGAGGCGGGGCACCCACCACUCGGACGGCGGAAGCACCGUCACCAGCAGCCGCAUCGGAAGCUUCGGCAGGUGAGUCAGUCAACACAGCACGGCACGGGAGGGACUGGGAAACGGGCAGGGCAGGGCAGAGGAGAACGAACAAGGCCUGAUGCCUUUGUGUGUGUGCGUCUGCUGUGUUGCAGUGUGAUAUCAUCGUCGACGUCGCUCAUAUCGUCGACGUCGAGUGCUUCAUCGUCCUUGUCUGAGCUCCCGCCGCCCGCCCCUCCUCCCCCCCAGCGAGACCCGCCCUCCCUCACCCACACCACACGCACCUCUGUCCCAUCCGUCCCCUCCGCACCGACCCUCAUCGCGAGCCACUCCUCUACUUCCCGCCCUGGCAUACCCUUCCCGCCAGUCCUCCGCGACACCCACACCGCCACAGCCACCACCACCAGCACCAGCAGCGGUAGCAGCGUUCAGCAGUUCGCGUCCCAGCCGCGACACGUGGAGAUCAUUCUGCAUCGCAAGGGCGACUCCCCAUUUCAGCAGCAGCAGCAGCAGCAGGAGUAUGGCACCAACCCUGAGGGGAAAGUGGUGCACGCCACCCCCUCCAUGCACCACAGUACCCACCACCAAAGCCAGCAGCACCACACUACCCAGCAGCAGCAGCAGCAGCCUCCGCAGGGCGCCUUCACGCUGCGCCUGGACGACGUCCCCUCCCCGCCCAUCUCACCCCAACAACUUGCACAGUACCAGGCCGUCAUCGCAAGCUACCUCAGGGGGGCCGCCAGACAGCAGCAGCAGCAGCAACAGCAACAGCAGUACCAGCACACGACCUACGUGCAGCCGACGACCCUCAGCAGUCUCAGCAGUGUGAAGGUGGCUCCACCUGUCGGUUCAUCAGUCGACCCGCCGCCCGGUUUUUCCCCCGCCGGGAUGGUUCCGCGGGCCGUGUCCAUGUCGCUGCCGUCUUUGCCGCUGCUGGAGAGCAAUCAGGCAGUGCUGCUGGCUGAGGAGAGGACCACACCCAUGAGGAACCCGUCGGGGCUGCGCAUCACCAUGCCCAACGGAGAGGGCUACGACGUCCCCAGGGGACCGGACGGCGAACUUCUCUCAAUCGGGUCGCUGUUCCACAACGAAGGUUUGUGUGUGGGGUGGGUGGGGGGAAAGCGAGACGAGAUGGGACGGAGGAGGGAGUGGAUCGUGUGGUGAGUGUUGCAACCGUUGUGCUGUUUGUUGUUUGGUUUGUGUGCAGGUGCGUGUCGUCCGUGUGUCUUUGUGACGAACCAGCGGAAGGGUGGGUGUCAAAACGGCAUUCACUGUGCCUUUUGCCACUACCCGCACUCACCCAGAAGAAAACCGCCACGGUACACACCUCACACACACACACACACGCGCCCGCCCAGGAGACACUCUGCCUAAUGCUCAUCGUGUGUGUGUGUGUGUGUGGUUUCGGUUUCAUCUCUGUCUGUUGUGUUUGUCAGGCCCUCCAAGAGGCAGCGUGCGUUGCUCAAGGCGCUCAAGACGGGGACCCUCAGCCAGUCCACACCAUCUUAGUCAAUGACACGUAUACAUAUGACAUAGACACGACAUCACAUCCAUCACCCAUCACACCCACCACACUCAUGCUCGCUCAUCCACCCAUCCAUCCAGACAGUCACUCACCGUUCCGGCCGGGCGGCCGGUAGCUUGCUCGCUUUGUGCUGUGCGUACACCCGCUUUCCUCCCCUCUGGCUGCCUGGCUGGCCCCUCCCCUCCCCUCCCCCCUCCCCCUCCCACCCACCCGCCGCCCCUCAUUGCUCCAUUUAUGCCUUAGAUGUUGUUUUUCGACGUACACCGGUCGUUCACACUACUCUCACUGACUUGCCCACUCACUACUCACUCACUCCAUGGGAUGGGACGGGACGGGACAGUGGGAUGAUGGGUGGGUCGGCAUUUUCUGAGAUGAUGAGAUGAUGUUAAGUUGAGUUCGUGACGACACCCACUCAUUCAGUCAGUAUGUGCGUGCGACGUCCCCCUUUUCUCUCUGUGUGUGUGCCGAUGGCGUGUGGGGCGGGAGCACUAUCAUGAGCCCACAUGCUCAUGUAGAUGUGCUUCCUGCCCCAACCCACGCGGUGCACCCAUAGGGGAAAGGAACCGCACAAUGAACACAAAGACAGACAAGAACGAGCGAGCGUUUUCUCGCCUUUUGGUGUCCUUGGUGGUUGAUUGAGGAGUUCCCCGCGCCUCGACAGUGAGGUGCGUGAGGUGCAAGGGUUCGUGUGGGUGGGUUGAGAGAGAGAUGGAAAGACAGUCAGACAGCCAAUCGGCCAGUGGCACGGCACGGCACGGCAGGGGAGGGACUGACUGUUGAUGUAAUGUAAGUAAUGUACCGCGGUGUACUGUAGUGUGAGUGAUAUUAUUAUUACUGUUUUGCAUUGAAUGCAGCGCAGCAAGGCGGCCGCCGUCAUCCCGUUCACCCAGACAGACAGAGAGAUGGUCCAAAAGGCCGCCGAAACACUUACUGACACGCGCACGCACUGCCACACCUCACGCCGUCCUUCCUGCUGCCUCUCUGCUGAGCGCAGAUGAGUGCUUGCGUCCGAGAAGGGGAGAGAGAGAGAGAGAGACCGGGCCGAUGUGCGCUCGUUGCGCUGUGAUCCAUCCACAAGUACCUAUAAAUGCAUGUAUGCAUCUUCUCGUCUGCCCGCCCACCCACCCGCUCAUGUGUGAUGUCAUGUGACUUGAUGUGAUGAUAUUUUUCUGAACUCAAAGAGCAGACCACGGUGACAAGCCGAACAAGGCAGGCAGGCGGCUCUGUUUAUCUUUUGCACCCUCCCCCCCUCCCUCCCUCCUCCUCUCUGAGGCACCCCCGUUCUCUCCCCCCGAUGCGGUAUGCAUUCCCUCUUCCUCCCCGUCUUUGUCUUGUCUCUGCAGGGGAGCAUUUUUUGCCCCUCCCCUGCCCCUGCCUGCACAUAUGUAUACAUAAUACACACACAGCCGUCCUUUCUUCCCUCCUUCUACACUACCUUCUACACUACACACAUACAUACGCACAACCAUAUCUAUCCAUCACAGACAUCUACUGCGCGACCGGCCGCCCUUUUCUGGCUCCUUCCUUCAGCGUAAGCGCCGGCCACUCCCCUUCACUUAUUUUUUCUCUGCUUUGUUGCCCAAGAGAGGGUCCACGGAGAGGUGUGCACCACACACGAAGGGUGGUCGGUCUAUCGCCGUUUCUCUCUCUCUCUCUCUCUCUCUCUCGGUUUCUCUUUCGGUCCCCUGGUUGGUAGCUUCCUUGUUUGCUUGGUUGGUUGGUUGGUUGGUUUGUCUCUCUGCCUGUCUAUCUACCUGCCUAUGUGUGUAUCGCUGUCUGUUUCUGCUGUGCAUAGUGUGUCCGUACCACCAGAACGAGUCGGUCGGUAAGUAGUAGGACAGGAGCUUGUGUGUGUGUGUGGCGCUGCUGUGGUAUGCUGUGUGCUGCGGGCGGUGUGGGUGGGGGCUGGUGUGUGUGUGUGUUGGUGUUUAUAUAAAUCAGCUGACUGCAUUGUGUCUGGUGUCUGGUGUGGCUGCCCCGCCUUGCUCGGCUCUGUCUGCUCUCGCCUGCCCUGCCCGACCCCCUGCCCACCGAACUUGACUGACUGAUGGGGUCUGCCUGGGCACAUGGCUGUAAGUAUACCGGCUCGAGUGAGCGACGGAUGGACAGAUGGACGAGAGAGACGAGGAGCGAGACAGGCAGGCGGAUGUCAUCACUGCCGUUUUGUAUAAGGCGGAAAGCCAGGCAGGCAGGCAGGCAGUGAGGGAGAGGGAGGUGGGGAGCUGUGUGUCGUGUUGGUGUAUGUAGUAUUUAUAUUAUAUGAUGUACGCAUUGGUGUAUUGUGUGUCUGCGUGUCUGCGUGUGCGUGUGCGUGUGUGCGCUUAUGGGUCAUGCCGACACCCCUUCCCCCACUCACCCUCCUCCCCUCUUUUCCCCACAUCCCCAUCCCGACCGAACAAGAGAACAGACUACACAUGCCUCGCCCUUUUCCCCUUUUCCUCCUCGCUCUCGCUCGCUCGGUCGCUCGCUCGCUCGCUUGGUUGGUUGGCUGACAGCCGCCAGACACAGACAUCGGCGCGGCGGCAGUUGGGUGGGCGGGCGGGCGGGCAGGCAGACAGGCAGCCAGCCGGGGAUGGGAUGCGGUUUCUAAGGAUAUGUAUGCAUAGGUCCGUACAUAACUAUGGGAUGUGCGUACGUAUUUUUGUCACUCACGCUGCGCAUACCGACCGCUGCACGUGCCAUGCACGCGGGCCGGACCAUUUACGACGGAUCGACGAGAGGAGAAUGGAAUGCCUGCAGGCCAUCCAUUCCAUGCAUGCGAUGAAUGAGUGCGUGUGGUGUGUGGGUUGGUUGGUUUGGUUUGCGUCCGUGGCCAAGUGCGCGUGGAUUUAUAACGUGCCGUGCUUCUUCAUGCCGUGGAUGAGUGUUGAUGCGUCUGUCGAUGGAUGGAAAGAGGGUGGGUUGGAAAGAGGAAGCAGGACGUUCAUGCUUUCGCCGCUCCUCUCCCCCUCCCCCUGUAUGUAUGGAUGGAUCGAAUCAAUGAAUCAAGUGUGCGAGUCGAGUGGAUGUGAAGCCAGACUAUGUUCGUAUGUAUGUGUGUGGGUCUGACUGACUGAAUGCAUCCCUGCGUGCGUGCGUGUGUGUAUGUGUGUCCGCGGCCCAUUCAUUGCGGUGGGUUCCGCCGAUUUCUUUGCCAAGAAAGAAGGAAGAAAGAGGAGACAAGAAACCGUCUGCAAGUGUGUGUAUGAUAAUACCUCUAUCUGUAUGUGUGUGUGCCUGCAAGUAUGUCUAUGUCUAUGUCUGUACGUAUGUACGAUCGAUGCAGCCACAAAGUAACGGUUGUCCAUUUCAGCCAGCCCAUCAUGCAUAGCAGCAAUCGCUCAGUCAGUCAGUCAGUCAUAUAACCUUCCCUAUCUAUCCAUCUAUCUAUCUAUUCUAUCUCUCUAUCUGCCUGGAUCUGCCGCCUCCCUGCUUGCAUACCCACCUGAGCGAGUCAAGUGCGUCCGUCCAUCAAAUGUGUCAUUCAUGCUUGUCAUGGUUUCUGUCCGUCUUUGAUUGAUUGAUUGCUUGAUUGCUUGAUUCCUUGUCACUCGUUCACUCACGUGCGAUGCGUCGUUUGGUCGUUUUUGUCGCCCGCCAGUCGACGGUGUUGGAAAUUGUCUCCGGGCUGGCGGGCCUUCGUGGUGUGCUUGGCUUGUGUGCGUGAUCAGUUCUUCCCCUAGUUCGUACAACUAUCAUUCAUGGCAUGCGUGCAAACCUGCAGACACACACACACAUGUACACACAUGCAUACGGAGAUAAGAUCGAUGUGUGGCUGUCAUGCUCAUCGAUCUGUGCCUGCAUACGAACAUGGCUCGAUCGAUCGAUCGAUCGUGUGGGAGAAAGAAAGGCAAAGAUCGGAUCGGAGGCAGUGUGUGGGCUAGCCACAAGUGUGCGCUACGUUGAAGGAUGGAUGGUAUAUGGUUAUGUGCAUACAACAAACAAGUACACUACCCACGUGUACACCGUGUGUAUCUUGGUGUAUCUGCCCCAAGCAUCACACGUCGGCCGUCCGUGCGGUGCGGUGCCGUUUUGACGAAUCGGUGUUUUUCCAGCCCAAUCGGUGUCGCCCGACUGACUUGAGUGGCUGACUCACCGAUCGAAGGAAGGGAUGAACAAGUAAGAUACAAUCACUGCUCGCUCACUACUGCUCGCUCACUGCUCCACUCGACUCUGACUCACUUGACUGACUCUCGACUUACCAGAGGCAAUUAAUUCCUACGGACAGGGGGAGAGGGAGGAAGCUCUAUUCUCCCUGCGUGCAUUCACAAGGCAGGCACGGCACGGCACACACUGGAGGGCGGACAGGAAGGGUGGGCGAGUCCAUGCUAUUAGGCAGGUGCUGAGGAGCGAGCUUUCAAAGUCGGAAAGGAAAAAAGGGCUGCGCUGCUGCUGCUGUCUCUCUGUCUGCGUGCGUGGCGUUGCGUGGUCUCAGUGAGUGGAUGGACGAGGAAGAGAGAGAGGGGGGGCGCGGAUGUGGAGAUAGUUGGAAAGAACUGCUUCGUGCUCUGGCUGUCUAUCUGUCUGUCUGGAAGGGUCGGAAGUCUUUCUUUCUUGCCUCCUAAAGGACUGAUUCCUGCUUGCCUGCCUGUCUUACUGUGUCGCCAAGUGUCGUGUGUUCCUGGCUGCUUUCCUUCCUCUCUGCUGCGUGCCUGCGUUGUUAUGUUGAAUCUUGCUGCUGAGCGGGUCCAAGGACGAGAGAGAGAAAGGCACGGAGGGUGUGUGGGUGGGUGGGUGAGUGCCAUGAAGGCUAGCCAUGAACGCCAUUCAACAGUGCCUUUUUCACCUGUGAGUCACGUUCACACGUCGCGGCAACAAACACGUGCAUGGCCAUGGCCAUGGCCUGCCUGUCUGCAUGAGAUGAGUGGGGGGGUUGUGAACAGCAGCCGCGGGGCAAGAGGGAGGGUCAUGAGAGGUAGCAUAGCAGCAGUGCAAGAGGGGUACUGCGUACAGAUAGGACAUACAGAUGGAUGAAUCGAAUCAGUGAACCAACUAGUCGAGGCAAGGCAUUCGUAUGGAUCUGAGUUUUCCCUGUGUCCAUCUGCCGGACAUCGACAAAGCCG